CAUGCGUGUUGCUUCUCAAGGGCGGGCUGAAAGGAAGCGGGCGUCGCCCCGCGGGCCGCUGAAGCUGGCGUCAGGUGAGACCUGUGCCGGGCGGUUGCCGAGCGUCGUGGAGGCGCGGAGAGCCCCACAAGUUUUCAAAGCGGUGAAAAUGAUGUUCUGAAGUUUUAUGGACCCCGAAGAAAGUUCUGUUCAGAACUGUGGGACUAGUUUUGUUACCAGUACUAUGAAAGACUCUGGAUUUAGCCCGGGAAAGAAAAAAAAGGUUAAAAUACCAGCGAGGAGACUUCGUGAGGUAGUGACUCCAAAUCGGGGAGCUAAUUUGGCUUUGCUGAAAGAUGAGUUGUCCUGUGUUCCUCCAGCGUUGUCUGCAAAUAAACGUCUUCCUGUUAGAACGGGGACUAACUUGAAUGGAACGUUACGUGGUUCAUCAGACUUAACUUCUGCGAGGAAUUAUCAGCCUCCAUUAGAAAAUUCCACUGUACCAGAAAGUGAUUUUUCCAAAGAUGUUGCAGUGCAAAGGUUGCCUUUGGAUAAAAUGGAAGAGAGCAACAGACAUAAAGCAAAUGACAUAUUUAUUUCUCAGUAUACCAUGGGACAGAAAGAUCCUCUCAGAGCAGUUUUGAAGCAAAAAACUCAAACUAUGCCUGUUUUUAAGGAGGUAAAGGUACAGCUUUUAGACGAUGCAGGCACAGAAAAGGACUCUGUUACUCCAGAGACUAGAACUUCACCCUGUGGAAUUGAUUCAGCUACAACUGUGGCUGCAGCAACUGCCGCCGCUAUUGCAACAGCAGCUCCACUUAUAAAAGUGCAGAGUGAGUUGGAAGCAAAAGUGAAUUCUGUUACAGAAUUGCUCAAUAAGUUACAGGAAACUGAUAAGCAGUUACAGCGUGUUACAGAACAGCAAACAAGCAUUCAGCAGACACAGGAGAAACUACAUUGUCAUGAUCAUGAAAAGCAAAUGAAUGUGUUUAUGGAGCAGCACAUUAGGCAUCUUGAAAAAUUACAACAGCAGCAAAUAGAUAUUCAGACUCAUUUCAUUGGUGCCGCACUCAAGACUAGUAGUUUUCAGCCUGUUACCAUGCCUCCUACUGGAGCAGUGGAAAAGUAUUCUGUAAAACCAGACCUUUCUAAUUUUAGUAGCUAUAAUCAAUCUUCAUACAACACAUUUUCUUCCAAACAAGCACCUUCCAGAGAGGUUGAAGAAAAGGGUUUUGAUAAACAGAAAUCUCCUCUGGAGACACCAGCACCUCGCAGGUUUGCUCCUAUACCUCUUUCAAAGGAUGAUAAAAUAUCAAAGAGGGAAAAUCCGAUGGAAGAAAAAGAAAAUGUGGAGAUAUCUGGUAAUACAGGAAAUGUAAGACUGUUGGAACAAAUUUUGAAUAAUCAUGAUUCUUUGACAAGAAAAGGUGAAUCUUCUGACAAAUCCUCACUACCUAGGUCAAAAAUAGGAUGGAAUCCUGAGAGGAGAAACAGCAUUGACACUCUAUCGUCUCAAAGAUUUCCUUCCUAUGAAGAGCUGGGAAUAGCUAAGGUGGCUUUGCAGAAGUCUGAUGAUGUUCUUCAUGAUCUUGGCCAAAAGGAGAAAGAAACAAAUGGAAUACUCCAGCCAAAAGAUUCUUUGAUUAUGUCGCAGCUUGCUGAUUUUCCACAGAAUUCCAUUAAGCUUCAAACAACCAGUAAGGGAUCAGUUUUGAAAGAUGCUGAGAAGAUUCUGAGAGGAGUACAAAACAAUAAAAAAUUACUUGAAGAAAAUCUGGAAGCUAUUAUUCGUGCAAAGGAUGGAGCUGCCAUGUAUUCUUUUAUUAAUGCUUUAUCUACUAACAAAGAGAUGUCGGAGAAGAUUCGAAUCAGAAAGACUGUGGAUGAGUGGAUUAAAACUAUUUCUGCAGAAAUUCAGGAUGAACUGGAAAGAAAAGAUUAUGAACAAAAGAGAUUUGAUCAGAAGAAUCAAAGAGCCAAGAAAGCUCAGAAUAUGAAUAAAGAUAUUAAACCUUACACACAAGAAAAAACCAUAAAAAGUACUGUAAAUCCAAGAAAAUAUUCUCAAAGACAAACAGAGGAGCAUUUUAGAAAUCCAUAUAUAAGGAACAUGCCAGCUUCAAGCUUACAGAAAGACAGAAAAGAAGUAAGAUUCCACCAUGGCUUGGGAUUUUGGAAAGGAGCUCCAGUUACACAAGAUGAGGAUUAUAUGAUACAAAUUUAUGGAAAACCAGUUUAUCAGGGCCAUCGCAGCACUCUUAAAAAAGGACCAUAUCUCAGAUUUAAUUCUCCAUCUCCCAAGUCCAAACCACAGAGACCAAAAGUAAUAGAAUGUGUUAAAGGAACUAAAGUCAAGUCAAUAAGAACACAAACUGACUCUUACGCAACAAAACCUAAGAAGAUAGAUUCUAAACGUCAACAUUCUGUUACUAUGCCUUCUGGUGAUCAGCAGUACUUGUUCAGCCCUAGUAGAGAAAUACCUACUCUUUCAGGUACACUGGAAGGUCAUCUGAUUCCUAUGGCAAUUCUUUUAGGACAAACCCAAAGUAAUAGUGAUUCCAUGCCACCUGCAGGAGUAAUUAUAAACAAGCCACACCCUAUAACAGUGACUACUUCUAUUCCUCCAUCAACUCAGAAAACAGAAAUUGGAGUAAAGAAACCUAACAUAGCAGUUGUAGAAAUGAAGUCUGAGAAAAAGGAUCCUCCUCAGCUUACUGUACAGAUAUUACCCAACGUAGAUAUUGACAGCAUUUCGAAUGGUAGUGCUAUUGCCAGUCCUUCCCUGUCUAGUCCCAAAGAAGCAUCUCCUCCUCUGAAAACCUGGAUACAGACCCCAGAAUUUAUGAAAUUAGAAGAAGAAGAGGAGGUGAAGUUUCCAGGAACAAACUUUGAUGAAGUAAUUGAUGUUAUACAAGAAGAGGAAAAUCGUGAUGAAAUUCCAGAAUACUCUGAACCAAUUCUGGAGUUUAAUAGAGGUGUGAAAGCUGUUUCUACAAAAUAUAAUGGUCCCCCAUUUCCACCAGUUGCUUCUGUUCUUCAGCCCACUUCUGAUGUUCUGGAUAAAGUGAUUCAGAGGAAAGAGACAUUGGAAAAUAAUUUAAUUCAGUGGGUAGAACAAGAAAUAAUGUCGAGAAUUAUCUCUGGGCUCUUUCCAAUCCAACAACAGGCCAUAGCUAAUGUCAGUGUUUCAGUCAGUGAGACAAGUGAACCAUUGACUUCUGACAUUGUGGAAGGAACAAGCUGUGGUGCCCUCCAGCUUUUUGUUGAUGCUGGGAUUCCUGUAAAUUCAGACAUGAUCACCCAUUUUGUAAAUGAAGCUCUGGCUGAGACUAUUGCUGUCAUGCUGGGUGAUGGAGAAGCACAGAAACAAGGUCCUGUUACUACAAGUGUUUCUAGGGAUGUUUCAGCAAUUCAAGCACAUGUGUCGGAAAGAGUGUGUACCCCAGUGGCUACCCCACAGCCAACCCCUCCUCGCUCCCCUUCAUCACUUCCUAAGGAGUAUAUAUUGGUGAAAACUCCAGAUUCUUCCCCCUGUGAUUCAGAUCAUGAUAUAGCUGUUCCUGUGGGAGAAAUACUUGCUGAAAAAGUAUCUCUAGGAAUUGAUAUGCCUGCCAUCACACUUGUUAAUACUCCAACAAUUACCCCUGCUACUACACCUCCUCCCGCAGCAGCUAUUACCCCAACUUUGUCAGAGAUAUCCAUUGAAAAAUUGAAGAGAUCAAGCCCAGAGCUUCCCAAGCCAUGGAGUGAUGGAGACCUGCCACUGGAAGAAGAGAAUCCUAACUCUCUUCAAGAAGAACUUCACCCAAGGGCUAUUGUAAUGUCUGUGGCUAAGGAUGAAGAACCUAACAGCAUGGAUCUCCCUAGUCAUCCUGUACCUCCAAAGCCAGUUCUGUUUGCUCCACUUCCUGCUGAUGCCACAGCCCCUUCCCCUAUACGGAUGCCAAGUUCUGAUUCAUCAACUAUGGAGAGCACCUUGAGCAUUACCGUCACUGAAACUGAAACUUUAGAUAGACCCAUCUCUGAAGGAGAGAUUUUGCUAAACUAUGGUCUAAAAGUGACUACUAAGAUUUUAGGAGAUGGAGGACAAUAUCUGACAUACUUAAAUGAUAGCUUAUCUAGUACCCUGCAUGAUGCCAUUGAAAUGGAAGAUGAUCCUCCCAGUGAAGGCGAAGUGAUUAGGAUGUCCAGUAAAAAAUUUCCUGAAGAUGCAGUUCUUUCUUUUCUUGCUAAACAAAACCAGGAAUCAUUAGUUUCACAGCAAUCAGUCUGUCAUUCAGAGGAUUUUGAAAAUAGUAUGGGUGAACUUAGUGAAGGACAAAGGCCCAGGCUGACAGCAGUAACAGAGAACGUUUUAAUGGAAGAUUCUGUUUAUAUACAGCAGCCUGUCACUAAGACAGAGUCUUUGAAUCAAAACAGUGCUCCUAAGCCAUUAGCUCAGCAGUUUGACACAGUUACAGGUGGUGGUUAUGAAGAUUCAUGUACUAGUCAUGGUCCAAUGAGUUUGGGAGAAUUGGAGUUGCAGCCGAAUGCUAACUCUGCCCUCCCUACAACAUUUCCAGUGGCACAAGAAAAUGAUAAGAAAUCAGUAGCUGCUGAAGGUUUUCCUCAGUACCAACAAAAGCAAGAUCAAGAUGUUAAACAAGUAGAACACAAGCCUGUACAAAGUCAUCUAAUACGUGUAAGAAGUAAAUCUGAUAUUUCACUGACACAGUCACAAGCUUCACCAGGUGAUAUGGAUCGGACACAAAUAGAGCCCAAUCUAUACCUUGCAUCUGUAUUUACAGGUGGUAAAGCCGUACCACUGUUCACUUCUCAGACGUCUCCCGCCAAGAUGUCUGUGACACUGCCCUCGGCGAACUUAGAGGACUUCUCUCAGUCUCUGAGCAUCAGCACCGUCCAGGGGGACGUGGAGUCCUCAGCAGCAGAUACCUUCUGAAUGGGAAGUGAGAACCUCCACAGCAUUGGUACCACAGGCUGUGAAGUCAUAUUUCUCUUGUGUAAAAUCAUCUCUCAGACUGUCUGGUCUUUGAGCAUACUCUGAAAAGUGAAUUUUAUUAUAAUAAAAGUUUAAUUUGGGUAUUUAAGUAAGAUUUUUAAAUAAAAUGAUUAACUAUAAAUCAC